CCGCCGGCCGGAAAACUAUUGGCGCUAACGCGGGCCAGGUACGGUGGCCGGAACGCGGUGACCAUGUUGCCCGGCACCGGGAUCGGACCGGAGCUGAUGUGGCACGUCAAGGAAGUGUUCAAGCACGCGGGCGUGCCGGUCGACUUCGAGACGAUCCAGAUCGAUCCGGCCCGGGAGAACAACGACGAGCUUCGGAACGCCAUCAUGUCGAUCCGUCGGAACGGCGUGGCCAUCAAGGGCAACGUGGAAACCAAGAGCCUGGACACCGGUAUCGUGUCGCGCAACGUGGCCAUCCGCAACGAGCUCGACCUGUUCGCCAACGUGGUCGCGGUCCGGUCGUACGACAACGUGGCCAGCCGGCAGAAGCACGUCGACCUGAUCAUCAUCCGGCAGAACACCGAGGGCGAGUACGCCAUGCUCGAGCACGAGAGCGUUGCCGGCGUGGUCGAAUCGAUGAAGGUGAUCACCCAGACCAAUUCACGGCGGCUGGCCCGGUACGCGUUCGAGUUGGCCAAGGACUCGGGCCGGAAGAAGGUCACGUGCGUGCACAAGGCCAACAUCAUGAAACUGUCGGACGGCCUGUUCCUGGAGACGUGCAAGGAGAUGGCCGCCCAGUAUCCGGACACCGUGUUCGACCACAUGAUCAUCGACAACUGUUGCAUGCAGCUGGUGUCCAACCCCGAGCAGUUCGACGUGAUGGUCAUGCCCAACCUGUACGGGUCGAUCGUGUCGAACGUGGCCUGCGGGCUGGUCGGCGGUGCCGGUCUGAUUUCGGGCCGCAACUACGGCGACCGGUACGCCGUGUUCGAGCCCGGCACCAGGAACACGGCGUCGGCCAUCGCCGGCCGGGACAUCGCCAACCCGGUGGCCAUGCUGAGCGCGUCAGCCGACAUGCUGGAGCACUUGGGCCAUGACGUCCACUGCCGCAUGAUCAGGACGGCCAUAACGAAGACGCUCAGCGAAGACAAGGUCCAUACGGCCGACCUGAAAGGCACCGCGUCCACAUCAGACGUCGUGCGCAACGUCAUCAAACACGUGAAAGCCUAUCCGCGCAAACGCAACGGAGACUCACCGGCCUAA